AUGGCUGACUUACCAAUGGAAGAGAUCGACGACUUGCCAGAGCUGGUCGACGAUGCGCAGCCCACGAAAAUGCCCUCAUUGGUCGAUCAAUAUAAAGAAAAGCCAAAGGAUGAAGACUGGCAAGUUCCAAAGACGCGGAAACGGAAAUCGCGCGAUGUGGAUAUGGAAGACUCAGAAGACGUGGUAAUCGACUCGCUAAAAGGCAGCGACGAUUUUUUGAAGAAAGUCUCCAACGAUGCUGAGGAAGGCAUGGACACGACAGAGGUUGUUGCCGCUCCCAGCAAAAAACGAUCGAAGGGAGAAGAAAACGAAAUGCGCAAAAUUCCGGUGCCACCAAAUCGCUACGGGCCAUUGAAGGAAAACUGGGUACAACUGGUGACACCUGUCGUCAAGCAGCUCGAGCUCCAAAUGCGCUUCAACAUGAAGAAGCGAGUGGUUGAGAUCCGGAAUCCACCGGCCGUCACCGAUACGACGAAAUUGCAAAAGGCAGCAGACUUCGUGCGCGCGUUCGUUCUGGGCUUCGAUCUGCAGGAUGCGAUCGCGCUUAUCCGGAUGGAUCAUUUGUUCUUGGAGACGUUCGAGAUCGACGACGUCAAAUUUUCGUUGAAAGGGGAGAGCAAAUCCCGUGCCAUCGGCCGUAUUGCCGGCCACCACGGCCAAACGAAGUUAACCAUCGAGAAUGUGACAAAAACUAGGAUGGUCGUUGCCGGCGCAAAGAUCCAUCUAUUGGGUGCCUACCAGAAUAUUCGCAUGGCUCGUCACUCCAUUUGCAGCUUGAUUUUGGGCGCUCAACCAUCCAAAGUCUAUGGAACCCUGCGUCACUACGCUUCCCGCGUCAACGAACGGCUG